CUGAUUGGCCCACGUGCCAUGGAUGUCCUGUCGGAGCUGUCGUAUGCGCCAAUGACACCUGAGCAUUUCCCUUCCCUCUUCUGUAAGGAGAUGAGUGUCGGCUACGCCAAUGGCAUCCGUGUCAUGAGUAUGACGCACACGGGGGAGCCCGGCUUCAUGCUUUACAUCCCCAUCGAGUAUGCCCUCCAUGUGUACAACGAGGUGAUGAGCGUGGGGCAGAAGUAUGGGAUCCGGAACUCUGGUUAUUACGCCCUCCGCAGCUUGCGCAUUGAGAAGUUUUUUGCCUUCUGGGGACAAGACCUGGACGCUUUCACCACCCCUAUGGAAUGCGGGAGAGAAUUCCGGGUGAAGCUGGACAAAGGCAUAGAUUUCAUCGGGAGGGACGCGCUGAUGGCUCAGAAGCAGGAAGGAGUCUACAAGCGCUUCACCAUGUUCAUCCUGGAAGACCAUAACACUGACCAGGACUUGUGGCCCUGGUGGGGGGAUCCCAUCUACCGCAAUGGCUGCUACGUGGGCAAGACCACCAGCAGCGCUUACAGUUACACGCUGGAACGGCAUGUCUGCUUGGGCUUCGUUCAAAAUCUGGACCCCGAGACCGGCAAGGAGCAGCUCGUCACGCCUGACUUUGUCAACCGGGGCGAAUACGAGAUCGACAUUGCGGGGCAGCACUUCCAAGCCAAGGCCAAGCUCUACCCCUUCAGCUCCCUCUUCACCACCCGCCGGCGCAAGGACGAGAUGGAAUUCAGUGGCUUCCAGGGAAAAUAAUCCCCACCAAGUGCCAGACUUUUCCCCCACAUUGCUCUUUGGACUCCUUAAGACAUUUUGUAUAUUUUAACCCUUUCCCUUCCUCCUUUUCCCAAAGUGAUCCUGCCACUCCCAAUCUUAAAGGGGUAUUUAUGACAGGGAGGUGCAAUGCUCUGUUUCUAGAGCGAGCCGAGUCUUCCCUGGUCCCUCAGCUGUCAGGGAGAGUUUGAGGCCUUGGGAAUUUGGCAGGACCUCUUGGGAUCUGGAGUGGCCUGCAGAGCGAGACCUGUUGCUCGUUUAAGGCACCUACUCGCAUCAUUCAGAGAUUUGCUCACAUGAAGACAUUCUGGUCCUAUCUCUACCGGCUUCCCUUCAAGAGGGGUCAGUAGAAAUGACAAGAGGAUGAUCUCACCUUUAUCUCCAGAGUGGGAGAUGCUGCAUUCUGUUAGCAGGAGCCACUUGGUAGUUUUGGCAUGCAUCUGCAUCGAUCUAUGGGGCCACGGAAGUCCCUCGGAUAGGAAUACAACCGCCUGAUGUUACUCAUCUCCUCUGCUCCCCCUUUGGGAUCUUAUCUCAUGAGAGCUACUUUGGGUACGGCUGCCUCUCAGGUCGUCGUCCUGUCAUGGCCAACUCCCUCCUGGGUGACCUCCAGAGACGUGGACUUCAGCUCCCGGAUUCUCAGCACAGACAUGGGAGAUGAGGAGCCUCUACAAGGCAGCCGGGCUGGAACAGGACAUUUCCUGGCAUAUCUGCGGCUUGUGCAAUAGAGGGUGGGGAGGGCGGGGAGUGUCUCUCUCACGGAAACGAUUGGGGACAGAGAGGGCCGAGACUUUGGGGUAAGCAGCUUGCGCUGUAAUUUUUAAGGCUGAUCCGACAUGCAGCUUGCCUGGGGGAUCGAACCAUUGUCCCCCUCAUCCCCACCCCCCAUCCCUGAUCUAAACGCUGCAUUUGGCCAAAAACGAUGCUAGCACUGCUGCUCCGACUCUGGGGAUCAUCUCGUUGGCCAUGAGGUCGGGCAAUCAGCCACCUACCUGGAGAUUUCCUUCCCUGUCGGUUUUGGAGCUCCAAAGGCCCCCGCCGGAUGACGAGAGCUGCCAGGUUCUGCCCCCAAACCAAAACGCCACAGCAUUUUUGCUUGGUGGGAAGUGAAGAUAAGUCCUCUUGUGGCGCUUCUGGCAGGCUUAACGCUUUGCCUCUCUUUCUCCCCUCCCGACCACCCCCAGGGAGGGAAUUCUUGGCCAGGAAGACUGGCUCUUUUGGAGACUCAGCCUUGCCUCCUCUUCUCUCCCCAAGAGAACAAACAUCAUGCUUCACUUUAUAGCUCUUCUUCCCUCCCAGCCCUCUCGUUCGCUCUGAUCCUCCUCUUUUAGCCUCCCUCUGGAUGAAGGCUGGGAAGGAGUAAUUGGGGAAAGUGAUUCUGUUCCAAAGUCCCUUAAUUGGCUCCCGGAGACCUUUUGAUGGGCUCUUCUCCUUGCCUUUCCUUUGUUCUACCUGUGUUCUCCCACCGCCGCCAGUCAAUGUCUGUGUGUCGUACCUGCACCUCUGAACCCGUCAGUUUCCCAUCCUGGGAUGAGCAGUAAGGAACAGAUGUUUGCGAAAAAUUCCCUUUCCAGGCGCAGGGAUUUUUAUCUCAUCCUGAGAGUCUUCCCUGGGGUGGCAUCUUCAGCCUCCCAGGACAAGGGCAGUUUGGAAGCAGCGCUAACCGAAGCCCAGCAAGGCCGCCUGAGAAUAGUUCAGGGGCUGCCCCAAGACCCUCGUCCUCUCUCUGCCUCUUCCUCUCAGGCUGGCUAGGCUGCAACGCCCUGGUUUGCUUGGGCAGAGGGGCAGAAGAGCUGGCCACUCGCCCCCUGCAGGUUGAAAACCUGGGAGAAGGCGAGGCAGGGGGAUCCGAGAAGCCUCCGGGGACAGCCAGCCUUCCCCAGUUGGUGCCACUUGGGGUGGUUUGCGCUGUAGUUCCCAUCACCUGUCCCUGUUGAGGGGUCUGUUUUUGCCUAUCAAAGCUCUUCCACCUUUGUCCUUGUGCCAAAGAGAUCUUUUCCUUCACCGCCUUCCAUCACCUUCCUGCAAAGGUUAGAGUGAAGACCUUCCCCCCCACCCCCUCCUCACUUUUUGCAUUGCCUGCCAAGCUUCUCCGUGUACGUUUGUACCAGGCUCACUGUUCUCUUUGCAAAACCUCUUCCGUGCAAUUCUCCCGCUUCUUUGCCUUCUGGCCUAGCUGCCCCUGCCUUUUUUGGGUGGGGGAGGACGGACUCCUGCCAAGAAGCACAAGUCCCUCUGCCCCCCCUCUUUUCCUUGCAGCCCCUUCCUCCUUUGCCAUUCUCAGAUGCACUUUAGGAACGCCCCUCUACUUUGGCGCUGAAUGCCCCCCUCCACCCUGGAUCCUGGGUUUCUUUCUAGAAUUUGCCUCCCGAAUCGAUGGAGGGGAAAGAUCAUUGUGAUUAAUAAGUCCAUCGUGAUCAUUUGCGAAAAACCGAAAAGCUUCCCUGGGCAGCUACUUCCACAUGGCCUGAAGCCGAGGAAGUCACUGCUGCUGCUGCUGCUGCUCCUCCUCUUCAGAGUGCCUUACGCUCACCAUGCGACCACGGAGGGGCUUAGCUCGGCCUUGACCCCUGCCCCGUCUCAGCCAGCUUAGUGCCUAAAAGCCUUGGACUCAUCAGGACGCCCAACGGUUGAGACACAGGAAACCCUCCUGGCUUUGCAAGAUACCUUGGCCGUC